UUCAUAUGAUGAGGCUUUUAUUAUGGCCAGUGAUCCCUUGGAAGGCUUUCAUGAAGUAAACCUUGCUUCACCUACUACACCAGAUCUUCUUGGAGUAAACGAGCCAGGGACUCAGGAACAAACUACCUCACCCAGUGUUAUCUACCGACCACAUCCUUCUGUUGUCUCCUCCACACCAAUCCAACCCAAUGCAUUAAAUGUUUCUGACCUUCCCACACAACCUGUUUAUUCAUCUCCCAGACAACUGAAUUGUGGAGAAGCAUCAGGUGUCAGCAUCAAUGUUACCGACGCAGUACUGUGUUCUACCUCUGGACCCCAGGGUGGGUCAUUCAAUCACAAUAAUUCCAGAAAGGAGAGCAAUAACGCAGAGAGAGAGUUUUUGCAGGGUGCUACAGUAGCAGAUGUUGCUGAAGGAAAUGAAGAUAUUUUUGGGUUAAGUACAGACAGUUUAUCUCACUUACGGAGCCCAUCUGUACUGGAAGUAAGAGAAAAGGGCUAUGAAAGAUUGAAAGAAGAACUUGCAAAAGCUCAGAGGGAGCUGAAGUUAAAAGAUGAAGAAUGUGAAAGGCUUUCUAAAGUACGAGAUCAACUUGGACAGGAAUUGGAAGAACUUACAGCUAGUCUGUUUGAGGAAGCACACAAAAUGGUUAAAGAAGCUAAUGUCAAACAAGCUGCAGCAGAAAAACAGCUAAAGGAAGCACAGGGAAAGAUUGAUGUCCUCCAGGCUGAAGUAGCAGCACUGAAAACACUAGUACUGUCUACUUCACCGACAUCUCCAACUAAAGAGUUUCAGUCUACAGGAAAAACUCCUUUUAAGAAAGGCCAUGCAAGAAACAAGAGUACAAGCAGUGCUAUGGGUGGCAGUCAUCAGGACCUUACCAUGAUGCAGCCAAUUGUAAAAGACUGUAAAGAGGCUGACCUAUCUUUGUACAAUGAAUUCAGGUCUUGGAAGGAUGAACCUACUAUGGACAGAACAUGUCCUUUCUUGGAUAAAAUUUAUCGAGAAGAUAUUUUUCCAUGUUUAACCUUCUCAAAAAGUGAGUUGGCCUCAGCUGUUCUGGAAGCUGUUGAAAACAACACUCUCAGCAUUGAACCUGUUGGCUUGCAACCUGUUCGAUUUGUGAAAGCUUCUGCAGUUGAAUGUGGGGGACCAAAGAAAUGUGCUCUCAGCGGACAAAGUAAGUCAUGCAAGCAUAGAAUCAAAUUAGGAGAUUCAAGCAGUUAUUACUACAUUUCUCCUUUCUGUCGUUACAGGAUCACUUCUGUGUGUAACUUCUUUACGUAUAUUCGAUACAUCCAGCAAGGACUGUUGAAGCAGCAAGAUGUGGAUCAGAUGUUCUGGGAAGUUAUGCAGCUGAGAAGAGAGAUGUCACUAGCAAAACUGGGCUAUUACAAGGAAGAGCUCUAAAUCUUUUUACUCUUGCGCAUGCAUGAACUUCAUUGAAUAUACAUAACUAAAAUGGCUGAAUCCUUUUUUGUCACUUGAUAUUUAUUUCCACAAAGUGGGUCCAAGAUCUUUCUCCUUUUGCAGAUUGCACUAAGAAGUACUGUGAUUGGUUUAAACUGACUUUUGCUGUAUAUGCGUACAUAUAAUAAUUAGUUGAACAAACGUGGUAAGCACUUGCAAGUGUAUUAGUGAUUGUAAUUUACAUUUAAAAACAAAACUUCUGAUUAAAGUGUUAGUCUGAAGCA